GACCGUUUCAAGUGGGUGUCAAAGUAGCAAACCGUUUCAACCCAACCGCGUGCUGGUCAAACAACGUGACAGCUGCGGACUAAAAAACCUCAUGGCCACGCGAGAACAAUACUUAAGGACAUCAUGCACAUCACUUUUGCCCGAGUGAGACAUUGACAUUGUUCUCGGCAGCCAUGUCAAUGGCUUCAGCGGCAAACUACCAGGCAAGCGCCACGCUGACCCCCUGCUCGAGCCUCAUCGACAAGGAGCUACCCCACAAGACGGCCGUGGAAGAUCCUGCCACGGAGCAACUGGCAUUCGCCCUGUUUGAGGAGAAGGUUCUAAAGAGACUCGAACAUGUGGUACGCUUGUACAAUGCGGGGAAACCGCUUUUCCCCCGAGCGCUGCUGGAAGACCUUGACCGGCAAAUCGAAGAAGGCAGGGAGGAGAUCCGCAUCAAGGACUUCGAUGACGUGGUAAGCACGUAUAGCCGGAGUGUCCCUGCUCUAUGCUUGGACCUGGCAACAACAUACUGCAUCGGAUAUAGCAGCAUCCAAGUGCUUACCCAUAUCCACCCUUCCUGUGCAACGAUGAUGUUCAAGGACCCGCCCCCAGUGUCCAUUCUGUAUACCCGCCACCCCGAAGUUGCUGAAGGUAACAUCGAAAUGCUUGGUCCGGUUUUUGUCAAGAUGCGCGAACGGUGGCAGGAGAGCGAGACAUGCCAAGAGCUAGUAUCCCACCUAACGACCCUGCGCUUCUCACUCCCGAUUCACAAAAUUGUGGCGUUCGGUCUGGGGACACUGGGUAAGACGCAAAAUGGACGGUUCUCCACACGGUCACAUGUUCAGCAUGCGGCAGUGGAAACGAUGGCGACCGUUCUGGCCAAAAGUGGGGUCAGUGGAGGCAAGAGGAUCGACUGCUACUUCCAAGAUCCAUGGUAUGAUGAAAACGAUGUCAGGUUCCUGCACAGUAUAGGCUUCCAACCACUGAACGAUCCAAAGGGGUUCCUGGAGAUCGACGAACAUACCUUGGUGUUUUCGGUCAGCCCCAACGUACCUGUGAAGCAGAUUGUCGCUGACCUCCAGUGGCCCGGUGCCAUGAUCUGGAAUACUGUGUGUGGAGAAGAGGAGAGAAAGCAGUGGAAGAGGCGGUUGAGGAAUGGCGAAGAGUUCUGGUUGGGGUAAGUAGUGCCUUGUUGCCUGGGUGCCUGGGGGAAUCGGUUCAGUUUAUGCUGAUUGAUUGAUGGAUGUUGAUGUGGUACUACAGCCCGCUCGCCACGGAUCCCGACUCGGACCGCGUUUGUGAGAUGAUCACUCACUAUCAGAAAUUCGGAUUGCACGACCCGAAGGACUAUUUCGGGGACCUCUCAAUCUACGUCAGGCAUUGAUGUAUGUGGCUUGCUAGUACCGAUUUGCCUCUCUCCCUCCCUGUGUGUGUGUUCGUGUUGAAUGAGUAGAAUAUAUCUUCUAUGACGCGCAUUGCUUUCAUGCACGUAUAACUUGCUAGCACCAAUGGAAUUAAAAAGUA